AUGGCAACCAAAGCCGGCCUCAUGCCAUUGUCAUCACUACGCGUCUCCAAGCAUUUCAUCCCGGCGUACGGGCUCCUCCCAAACACAACCAUUCAGAACAAGCCCCUGAUGAUCUACCACGCAGCAUUCCAGUCUGCGAGUGCAUCGGCCAUCGAGUCGCAUCUCACCUCCGUCGGCGUCGUCGAGCCGCAGUGGCGAUACACCAUGUACAGCACAAGUCACUUCCACAGCACGACGCACGAGCUUCUGUGUAUUAGCAACGGCCGCGCCAGGCUUUGCUUCGGGGGCGAGAAUAACGAGGGCCGGAUCGAGCCUCUGGUAGAGAAGGGCGAUGUGAUUGUUGUGCCGGCUGGAGUUGCCCACCACCUACUGGACGACUUUGGAAGCGGGUUUGAGAUGGUUGGGAGUUAUCCGAAAGGCCACCACUGGGAUAUGUGUUAUGGUCAAAAGGGUGAAGAGGAAAAGGUCGAUGCAAUUGCCAAGGUUACGUGGUUUAGCAGAGAUCCAGUGUAUGGAGAUGAUGGUCCGGCAAUAGGGGUUUGA